AUGUGCGAGAGCUUGAACAAAGACUAUCAACUCUGCGAAGAACUCGGCCGAGGUCGGUUCGGCAUCGUCUACCGGUGUUUUUCUGCCCUCACCGGCGACUCCUUUGCCUGUAAGUCCAUCGACAAGCGUCUCCUCUCGGAUCCCACCGAUCGAGAGUGCCUCCAGAAGGAACCUAAAAUUCUUCACGUCCUAGGCGGAAACCCUCACAUAGUGCAAAUCCACGGUCUCUACGAGGACGAUAAUUAUGUUCAUAUGGUGAUGGAUCUCUGUGACUCUCCGGAUCUCUUCGACCGCAUCUCGAAACACGGCGGAGCGUUUUCGGAGUCGGAAGCGUUUUCGGUGUUCUCUCCUUUGAUUUUAUCGAUUAGUUAUUGUCAUUGUUUAGGCAUUGCGCAUCGAGAUAUCAAGCCAGAUAAUGUGUUGUUUGAUUCGAGGGGAAAGUUGAAGCUGGCGGACUUCGGAUCGGCUGAGUGGUUUGGGAUGAAUGAGCGACAAACGAUGAUUGGAGUUGUUGGCACGCCGUACUAUGUUGCGCCGGAGGUCUUGUCUGGUAGGGAGUAUAAUGAGAAGGUCGAUGUUUGGAGUGCUGGUGUGAUUUUGUACAUAAUGUUGGCUGGAGUCCCUCCUUUCUACGGAGAUACGCCGGCAGAGACUUUCGAAGCAGUGUUGCGAGGAAAUUUACGGUUUCCAACGAGGAUUUUCAGGUCUAUUUCGCCGGAAGCGAAGGAUCUGUUAAGGAAGAUGCUAUGCAAGGAUGUAUCUAGACGAUUUUCCGCUGAACAAGUUUUAAGACAUCCGUGGGUGAUAAAUGGAGGUGAAACUCGAUCAGUGGCGGAUUUAACCUGAGAAGAAAGGUAUGAUGUUCUACCAGUAGUACUAGUUGAGACAUGAAAUCAACCCGGGUUUUUUCAUCUGUUGAUUUUACCCCUCCCCCCCUUCUUUCCGCCAAUGAAUCAACAGAUGAGAGUGAAAAAGCUCGAUGAAGCUGCAGAAGACCAAGAACUCUAGUCCAUGUAUAGUCUCUUCUAUCUCUUUGUUUGCUUGUAAUCAAAAUUGAUUCUUCUUCCUGUUCCUGUUCCCCACAGAAGAAGAAUCAUGAGUGGUAAAUAUUUGGUAAUAAGAGGAAUGAUUCCUUUGG